UCCAGUCGGUGCUUUACGGCUGCCAGAAGCGCUUCUGUUUCCAUAUCGCUGUUUUUAAUUUGGACGCAGAAUGGACCCGAACCGGAUUAUCCAAGCCCUGAGGGGGACAAUAGACCCAAAGAUGAGGGUGGCAGCUGAGGCCGAGCUGAACCAGUCGUACAAGAUUAUCAGCUUCGCUCCGACUCUGCUCCAGAUCAUAGUAUCUGAUCAGGUUGAGUUUCCCGUGCGUCAGGCAGCUGCCAUUUACUUGAAAAACAUGGUGACGCAGUACUGGCCGGACCGGGAGCCGAUGGCUGGAGAAUUGGUCUUUCCGUUCAAUAUCCAUGAAAAUGAUCGGCACCAGAUCCGGGAAAACAUAGUCGAAGGGAUCAUCCGUUCUCCAGAUCUAGUCCGGGCUCAGCUGACGCUUUGCCUGCGUGUUAUAAUUAAACACGACUUCCCCGGUCGCUGGACGGGUAUAGUGGACAAGAUAGGAUUGUACCUGCAAUCGCAGAACACGGGGAGUUGGCUCGGCAGCCUGCUCUGCCUCUACCAGCUUGUGAAGACCUACGAGUACAAAAAGGCGGAUGAGCGAGCGCCCCUCAUUGCGGCCAUGCAGAUCUUCUUGCCGCGUCUCCAGCAGCAGGUCGUCCAUCUGCUUCCCGACCCAUCUCACUACUCGGUGCUGAUGCAGAAACAGAUCCUUAAAAUAUUCUACGCCCUCAUCCAGUACGCUCUACCACUGCAGCUGGUGAAUAAUCAGAUGAUGACCCAAUGGAUGGGAAUCUUCAGCAGCAUCGCGGAUCGCGACGUGCCACCGGAGACCUUACAAGUGGACGAGGAUGACCGUCCGGAGCUGGUUUGGUGGAAGUGUAAGAAGUGGGCUCUUCACAUCAUCACGCGUCUCUUUGAAAGAUAUGGGAGCCCUGGUUCAGUCACUAAAGAAUAUUUUGAAUUUUCUGAGUUCUUUUUGAGGACCUACGCCGUCGGAGUUCUGCAGGUUCUGCUAAAAGUCUUGGGACAGCAUCGACAAAAGCAGUAUGUGGCCCCCCGCGUCUUACAGCAGACGCUCAACUACCUGAACCUGGGGGUCUCUCAUUCCAUUACCUGGAAGCAGCUGAAGCCGCACAUUCAGAGUAUUGCAGAAGAAGUCAUUUUCCCCCUGAUGUGCUACAAAGACGAGGACGAGGAUCUGUGGCAAGAUGAUCCCUACGAGUACAUACGCAUGAAAUUCGAUGUGUUCGAGGAUUAUGUGUCCCCGACAACGGCCGCGCAAAACCUGCUGUAUACCGCAUCAAAGAAAAGGAAAGAGGUUCUGCCAAAAAUGAUGGCGUUUUGUUACCGCAUCCUGACGACCUCUUCCGUCGAGCCACGCAAGGUAGAUGGAGCCCUGCACGUCGUUGGCUCGUUGGCCGAAAUCUUGUUAAAGAAAUCUGUAUACAAGGACCAGAUGGAGGUUUUCAUCCAGAACCACGUGUUUCCGCUCUUCCUUUCUGAUUUGGGCUAUCUGAGAGCGCGGUGCUGCUGGGUCCUUCAUUCUUUCUGCACCUUAAAGUUCCACAAUGAGCUAAACCUGAGGAGCGCGGUGGAACUGGCAAAGAAAAGUCUCAUAGAGGACAAAGAGCUGCCCGUGAAAGUCGAGGCUGCCAUUGCCCUUCAGAUGCUGAUUAGCAAUCAGGGGUCAGCCAAGGAGCACAUGAGGCCGUACAUUCGACCAGUCAUGCAACAACUGCUUCACAUAGUCCGAGAGACCGAGAAUGAUGACCUGACCAACGUGAUCCAGAAGAUGAUCUGCGAGUACAGCCAUGAGGUGGCUCCCAUUGCGGUUGACAUGACGAGACAUCUGGCGGAGAUAUUCGUCAAGGUCCUCGAAAGCGAGGAAUACGAAGAGGUCGAGGACAAGACCGUUAUGGCUAUGGGCAUCCUGCACACGAUCGACAUCGUCUUGACUGUGGUAGAAGAUCACAAGGAGGUAAAGCAGCAGUUGGAGGAAAUAUGUUUACAGAUCGUCGGCCUUGUGUUACAGAAACACAUCAUAGAGUUUUACGAAGAGAUCCUGUCUUUAGCCUACAGCCUGACCAACCAGACCAUCUCUCCGCAGAUGUGGCAGCUCUUGGGUAUUAUGUACGAAGUUUUCCAGAGGGACUGCUACGAGUACUUUACAGAUAUGAUGCCUCUUCUUCACAAUUACAUCACCGUAGACACCGCGACUUUCCUGUCCAACCCCAAGCACCUAGAAAUUAUUUACACCAUGUGUAAGAAGGUACUCACAGGGGACGCUGGGGAAGACGCCGAAUGCCACGCAGCCAAGCUCUUGGAGGUCAUUGUCCUGCAGUGUAAAGGUAGAGGGAUUGACCAGUGCAUACCGCUGUUCGUGGAAGCCGUGCUGGAAAGGCUGACGAGGGGCGUCAAGUCCAGCGAGCUGCGUACGAUGUGUCUGCAGGUGGUCAUCGCCUCUCUGUAUUAUAACCCGGCUCUGCUCCUCAACACCUUGGAGCAGAUCCGCUUUCCCCACAGCUCGGAGCCCAUCACCGCGCAGUUCGUCAAUCAGUGGGUGAACGAUACGGACUGUUUCUUGGGGCUGCACGACCGGAAGAUGUGUAUCGUAGGUCUCAGCAUCCUGAUGGAGCUUCCGACCCGACCCGCUGCCGUCAACGCGGUCGCCUCGUUGAUCGUGCCUUCCGUCCUCCUUCUGUUCCUUGGGCUGAAGCAGGUGCGUGCGAACCGUGAGCAUCCUGGCCAGCGGCCGUCUUCCUGCGCCCAAAAGACAGAGUCGGAGGAGAACGAGGAGAUUCCAAGCGACGAGGAGGAGGCCAAUGGUUUGGGUCAAGCGAUGCAGGAGAACGCUGGAGACGAGGAGCAGGAAGACGAAGAGGAAGACUGGGACGACGAGGCUCUGGAGGAAACUGCCCUGGAGGGAUUCACUACCCCUUUUGAUUGUGACGAUGGGCCUGAUGAAUACCAGUUCUUCACGGGCGCUUUGCUCAGCGUGCAAAGCCGGGACCCUGCGUGGUACCAUUUACUAACCUCUCCGCUCAGUAACGAUCAGAAGAGACAGGUCCAAGAGAUAUACACCCUCUCCGAGCAACGGAAGAGCGCCGCAGCGAAACGAAAGCUUGAACAGCACCAGCAGCAAACCUUCUGCCGAUCUCACCUUGCAGGCCAGUGAAAUAUCGGAAGUCCUGUGCUUUAGCUGCAUUGCCGGGUUAUUGAGUUCUGGGAAGCCAAGAAAUGGUUCAGAAAUCCAUUUUUUUAUACGGGCAACCCACGAGACGGACAUGAAGGAGACCCCCAAAUAGACGGGAGGAGAAAUCCCUUUAGAAAUGGCGGCGUUCUGCUAUGUUCCUGCGCCAGAGGAGGAAUAUCAUGUAAAUUACUGGUCUUUGGACUUCACUGGAAUAUCAUUUUUUUCUCUUUUGGACAUUUUUGGCUUUUUGUGUUUGUAUAAAGCUGUCUAACCUGCCUUGGGCUUUGAAAACCAGGAUGCAGACCACCUGUGGUUUCUUUUAACGUCAUUCCCAUCCACCUUUAACGCGUAGAAAGAUCUAAAAGUCUCUGUAAUUACUGACCCAGUACUUGUCAUCCGAGAACGCUUUUAUCGUGGCACAAAGACCAUUAAGUACAUAGGACGGCGGUGUCUGUAAC